GUUUGAUUUUAUAUCAUCAGAGCUUGACGAAUCAUUCGUAAUAUCACUUUGUAUGAUUUCAAUUCAAAAUGUUUAGAACAACUAAGAAAAAACAUACACGUAAAAAAAAGAUGAAAAUAUGUACAUAAUUAAAAGUUUAAAAAUAUUGUGUAAUCGUUGUAGUCAUUAUUUUACUCUUACCAUUUCACUUGUGCCAAUAGCUUUAUCAUUUUUUAGCAGGUAAAUACAGCCAUUGUACAUUUCAAUCACACCAAAUCAUAACAACCCACCUAAUUACUCUGUUAUUAUAAAACAAACAAAAAGACAUUCAUUGCCACCCCCACUACUAAUUGUCAGAUGUAUUAUUUUUCACAUCUCUUCUAUCAAAGUUAAAUAAUAUCCCCUCCCUAAUCAUCCUCUUUCAACAUUUUCUUUAUAUUGAAGCUUCACUUAUUCCUCCACGUUUCUCACUUAAAGAAGAAAAACACUCUUGUGUAUUACACAUGCACUGAUACACUAAUACACAAUACAGAAUCACCGGAAGAAGAAAAAAAAAGCAAUAUCAUCAGUUCAUCACUAGAGGCACAUGAACUCAGUAUGCAUCUCUAGCUGCAUCGACGAUGCACGUGACACUCGUGUGCUGGUUCGCACCACCUACGUGAACCUCUAUAAGUGGCCUGAGUCGGACGCCGAGUUCGUCCGCUCCGUUCGACGUGGAGGCGGCGUACCUGCGGCACGUGUAGUGGAUAGCAUAUCUUGCCGCCAGAUGUAUCUCCGGAGCUACACGUUCUCUCGGGAAGACGAGGAUACUAGCUUGCCGCCCGCGACGCGGACGUCUUGUCUAGGGAGGGUUAAGGAAACGGUGUCUUUCAGGAGACGGAAUAAGGAUGAAAGUGACGUCAUCGUUGAGAAGGCAAAACCGCGCCGCCUUCGUGAUAAGAGGAGAGUUAGAAGGACGAAGAGAGAACAAGCUUGUUCUGUUAUGUUCAGGUUCUUUCGAAGGUUACUGUCUUGUGCUGCGACCGUAGAUGUUGUUGAUCCAAAUUAGUUAAAUUCAAUACCUUAAACUUUUUUAAUUAAUAUUUGAAUUUUUUUUUUCUCUUUGCUUUUUAAGAUCUCUCGUUUGGUUUCUUCCUUCCUCUUUUAUAUUCUUUUUAUUUUGUUUUGUAUAGAGAUUUCGUAGUAUAUAUAGUAGUAAUAUAGAUGAUCUUUCAUGUAUGAGUAAAUGUUUUUUUGAUAUA